GCACUUCCUGGACACCGCAGAUCCUCCACGUACCGUUUCCAUGCCGGUGGUCCCCGUUCUUCCCCCGCAGGCUCCUCUCUCCUCAGCCCCGGUCUAGCAUCUUCCUGACAGACCCGCUUUCACCCGAACAACUACCGGGAGCUCCGGUCGGGUCUGAACCGGGCUAGCUGGGAGGCUAGCGGAGCGUUAGCCGUUAGCCAGCGGGGUCCAGGCUCGGUCAGGGCGGCGAGCAGAUGGAGCGCAGCAUGUCCGGAGGGAACCACAGCCAGGCGGCCGAGGAGAAGGCAGCGAGCCGGGGUCAGAGCGAAGUGAACCGGAGGCUGAAGUACAUCAGUCUGGCCGUGCUGGUGGUCCAGAAUGCAUCGCUCAUCCUCAGCAUCAGAUACGUCCGCACGCUGCCGGGCGACCGCUUCUUCACCACGUCGGCCGUGGUCAUGGCGGAGCUCCUGAAGGUGCUGACCUGUCUGCUCAUCAUCCUGCUGCAGAAGAGAUUCAGCGUGAAGGAGACGGCGCUCUUCCUGGUGGACGCCAUCGUGUUUCAGUACAAAGACACUCUGAAGCUGGCCGUUCCGUCGCUCAUCUACACUCUGCAGAACAACCUGCAGUACGUCGCCAUCUCCAACCUCCCGGCCGCCACCUUCCAGGUGACCUACCAGCUGAAGAUCCUGACCACGGCUCUGUUCAGCGUGAUGAUGCUGAGGAAGUCUCUGUCGAAAGUUCAGUGGGUCUCUCUGCUGCUGCUGUUCGCCGGAGUCGCCAUCGUACAGGUGCAGCAAGAGGGGAAGAAGGAGGCGGCGGUGUCAGAUAGCGCCGGUCAGAACUACACUGUGGGGUUGGUUGCCGUGGUGAUCAGCUGCCUGUCGUCGGGCUUCGCCGGCGUUUACUUCGAGAAGAUCCUGAAGGGCAGCUCGGCGUCCGUGUGGGUGAGGAACGUGCAGCUGGGGAUCUUCGGCACGGUGCUCGGCAUGCUGGGACUGUGGUGGAACGACGGCGCCGCCAUCGCCGAGCGUGGCUUCUUGUUCGGCUACACGGACAUGGUGUGGUGCGUCAUCUUCAACCAGGCGUUUGGCGGGCUGCUGGUGGCGGUGGUGGUGAAGUACGCCGACAACAUCCUGAAGGGCUUCGCCACCUCCUUCUCCAUCAUCGUCUCCACGGUGAUGUCAAUUUACCUGUUCGGCUUCCACGUGGACCUGCUCUUCACGGCGGGGGCGGGGCUCGUCAUCGGCGCCGUCUACAUGUACAGCCUCCCCAAAGCGGCCGGCUCUUCGUCCCCGAGCUCCUCCUCGUCUUCCUCGGCAUCGUCGCCGUCGCCGAGGACGGACGAAGGCGCCGAGAUGGAGGCGUUUCUGCCAAAAGCUCAGGGAGGCGUCGCAUCUCCCCCCCCUGCCGUCCACAUCACAGACUGAGAGGAGGAGGAGCAGGAGGAGCGUUGGUGGUCUCACCCUCUCUGCCUUAAAUCUCUUUCCUACCUGAGCUAAGAGGAUCCGCCUUACACUGACUGUAGGUAACAUAUUGAUUAUCGGCUGCUGAUCGAUCGGAUGUUUUCGCCGAGCAGCUUCCUCUCCGGCUCGACGCCGGCAGACGGCGUCUCGAGUGUUUCGGACGAGCUGCGCAGUGAAAACGACUUCAUGUCGGCGGCCAUUUUGGGGCGAGUUGUUUGUGUCGGUGCCUUUUCUUCAUCUGUACAGAAGCCAUACGGUUGUGUUAGCGUUAGCGGCGUUCCCUCAGACCAGUGGUUCUCAAACUGAGGGGCGGGUCCUCCUGGGGGGUCGCAGAGCCACAGGGGUGGGGGGGGCCAAUGAAAAUGACUCGGCAAAAUAAAACGAUGCUGAAUCUUUUUAUUUCAGUUAAAUUCAGCUGGGCGCCUUUUUAUUUGUUAUAGAAAUCAAUCAGUUUACCGGGGGGGUGGCGAUCAGCUGAUGGUGUGACGGGGCUGGGGGUGAACGCGCUCUGGGAUUGGAGCAGCUUUUUAAUGAAUGAAUCAUAAUAAUCACGUGUCCUGCUGCGGGCGCCGCGUUGAAGACGGCGUCCUGAAUGUGUUUCUGUUGCUGCGCGUUGGCGGCGUGCGACUCAAUUAGAGUCGAGGACGCGGGAAGCGGCGGCGUCCACAGCUGCUUCGCUUUAGGAGGAAAGUUUGUUGCUUUUGUCUCCAGAUCGAAGCAGGAAGUGAGGAACAGCUGUUUUAUUUUUCUUCCUGGGGUCAUGAAGUUUAGAUUUUUCGCAGGCGUGAAACGCGCACGGAUUAAUAAUUUCAGACUUCCUGUAGAAACUGAUCUCAGGACAGAAACGUUUUCAGGUCGAUGUGGAGACAAAAAACUAAACUUCUUCUUUUGUUUUCUUCUGAAUCAAAUGUUUUCUGAUUCAAACAAAGAAAACAACUUAUUUUAUUUUCUGUUUUUGUAAAACAGUUUGGGGAAAUAUAAAUAUUAAUAUUAAUUAUUUUAUUUAACGGAGGUGGAAGUUGAUUUCUUUUGGGUGGUGGUGAACGAGGACGGAGAGGACGCUCAGCAGGUGGCUCCAGGCGAUGGUGACGGCCAAUCAGAGCUGCCGUUUCUUUAUCUUUAAGUUGCUGCUGAGAUUUUAGGAUUCAACAGUUACCGUGACGACAGCUGGAACAAAAUCUGAAUUUGAUUUCUUGUUGAUUUUAAUCGGAAACGAUUUCCUGUUUCCUGAACCUGCAGCCUUGAUCGAUACCUCGUCACGGACAACACGUCGUUUUCUCAGGCCGGAGAGAAGAAACGAGAUGUAAUGAAAAUACCUCGUUAACUUAACGGAUAAUUAUCUGAAAAAAACUUUCAGUGUUUGUUAUUAAUUAUCAGGAACCAGAAGCACAGUUUGGGAUAAAAGCCUGGAGAACUGAAGUUUGUUAUCUGAACGUCACUUAUGAUGAUUAAAAUAAAAAACGUCUCAUGGUGAUGACCUCAUCUCUAGAGAACGGCGUUUUGUGUCUCACGAGUUCGUUGUCUGAGAAUUAUCUUGAAAUGCCGGGAGGUUUUGAAAAAAAGUUAGUUUUCUGGAGAUUAAUUCUACUGAUAAAUCGUAUCGUUCUGUAUUUAUCGUGUUGCUGCUUGAGAUGACGAACUCGACAUCAGACUUUAUUUUUUAACUUCAUCUCGUUAAAAGUGCUCGUUUAAAACAAAGACUGAAGAUGCUGAUGAGGCUGGAAGGUUUUGUUUCAUUUACGGAGUUUUCCAGAAACAAAUUGAAUCUAAAAAAAGUUUCUUGGUUUCAGCUUGUUCUGGUUUCUGUUGAAUCCACUUUGUCAUUGACACAAACGGCCUGGAGCGCCACCUGCUGGCACUUUUAAAGUGAUCCUGUCGCAUCUUAUAAGACUCUGAAGGAUUUUCAGUCUUAUAGGAUCCAGCAGGACUCGGUUUCCUCAUUGGACCCUCCAGGUGGAGAGCCGUCCAAUAGGAUGCCUCAGAAACCUUCCAGGAUCUUUUAAACUUCCUCUUCCUGUCGAGACGUUUGUGUUUGUAUGAACCUGUGUGGAGGAUCGGCCAGGUUCAUCUGUCUGUCAGUUUGCACUCGAUUGUUGACUUGUACCAAUGACUCUGAAUUUGUAAAUACUUCUUUUGGUAAAGUUUUAUAUAAACAAGGACAUGGACUCAAAA